CACUUAUGGCCGUUAUUGGAGCGGCCAUCGCUGCUUCAACACUCUCAGCAAUUUUCAAUCGGCGUUUGCCGCCUGUGUGCGAUCUGUUGACCAUGAUCAAUUCAUGAGUAUAAAAUUCAUUCUGCAAAGUCAUAAUUUUUCCAUGCCACUCUAGUUACUGCCAUUACGAACGCAAACAAAGGUUCAAAUCUUUAUAAUUCUCUUUCUCUUUUCCCUUUCCCCUCCCGGUUCCAUUUUUACCUUCUUUUCUUGUCAAUUCCAAUUUCCAAUUAGUAGAAACACUGGUUGAUUCUCCAUUCACACAUAGGAACAAUCAUGUAUUUCCAAUGCAUUACAGCUGUUCGACGAAAUGCCUCCUCCAAUAUUCAUUACUUAACCCUCUUCAAACCAGCGAUUUCACCUACAAUCGCCGGUAUUCGCCGCUUCUACAGAAUCUCCGCUAGUUAUCGAUCUUCCUAUACAGUCCCACUACGAGGGUCGUCAAUUAUAUUUAACUUGCCUGCCAUUUCCACCUUCUUAAGCUAUUCAAACGAAGCUGGUAACGAAUCUAGUUCUUCUGAAACAGACCCGAUAGUCCAUGAAAGCAGUACAACCAACUGUGACAAGCUUUACACAGUUAUUACAGAAAACCCUGCUCCCUAUAGCAAUAUGGAGAAAUGUCUUGACCUUACUGACAUUGAUCUAACCACAGAUUUAGUUCUUCAAGUUCUUCACAAACUUCAUUAUGAGGAGAAAUUAGCAUUUAGAUUCUUCACCUGGGCCGGGCAUAAGGACUGCUACGAUCACGAACCUCAAGCAUUCAACACCAUUAUCGACAUACUAUCAAGCACACAAUACAAGACGAAACAAUUCGGUGUUCUUUGCGACCUUUUGGAUUACAUGAAGAGAAACGACAGAAAAUCAGUUCCAAUUCAAUCGUUACUAACUAUUCUCAAGCAAUAUACAGAAAGACAUCUUACCCAUCUCGAUAAAUUCGCAAAGAAGAAGAAAAUCAAGCCAAAGACACAACCUGAGGUCCAUUCUCUCAACAUUUUACUCGAUUCCUUCUGCAAGUGCGGUUUAGUUUCGGACGCAGAAACCAUGUUUAAGAAAAUCAAGAACAAGAUCGAACCGAAUGAAACCACCUAUAACAUAUUGUUCUUCGGAUGGUGUCGUGUCCGAAACCCUACUCGUGGAAUGUCGCUUCUACGAGAAAUGAUUGAAACAGGUCACAAACCCGAGAACUUCACUUAUAACACGGCCAUCGAUUCUUAUUGCAAAUCGGGCAUGUUAGCGGAGGCAACUGAAUUACUCGACUUCAUGAGGAAAAACGGUUCGACAAUGUCAUCUCCUACUGCGAAAACCUACGUAACCAUGAUAUCGGUUUUAAUCGAAAACGAUAGAAUGGAGGAAAGCUUUAAACUUAUAGGAGAAAUGAUAAGUAGUGGUUGUCUUCCUGACGUUUCGACUUAUAAGGAAAUGAUCGAGAGCAUGUGCUUAUCGGGGAAAUUCGAUGCGGCUUAUCGAUUUAUAGUCGUGAUGGGUGAUAAAGGGUAUCCACCCGAUAUCGUGACAUACAAUUGUUUUCUUAAGGUUUUAUGUGAGAAUAAACAAGGAGAAGAAGCAAUGAGGCUUUAUAAGAGAAUGAUUGAGGUUGGUUGUAUUCCUAGUGUUCAUACUUAUAAUAUGUUGAUUUCGAUGUUUUUUAAGAUUGAUGACGUUGAUGGAGCUUUUGAGGCUUGGUUUGAGAUGGAGAAACAGGGUUGUGAUCGCGAUGUUAAUACUUAUUGUGUUAUGAUGGAUGGGCUUUUCGCGUGUGGGAAUGUAGACGAUGCUCGUGUUGUUUUGGAGGAGGUUAUGGAUAAGGGUAUGAAAUUGCCUUAUCCUAGAUUUGAUUCCUUGUUGAUGCAUUUAUCGCGAAUUGGGGAUAUUCGUGGAAUUCAGAGAUUGUCGGAGUUGAUGAGGAAGUUUUAUAAUCCGUCUAUGGCGAGGCGAUUUGCUUUGAGUCAGAAAAGGAAGAGUAUUAGUUUGAGAGGGAAGUGAAUAAUUGAAGGUUAUGUAAAUUAUCUUGUUUCAAACAAGCUAAUAAUGCAAGUUUUGUGAGAUAAUUGGUUAUAUUUAAUACAGGUUUUAUUUAUUUACUGUAA